GAUGGCAACGCCACCUGUUGCUAAGCGAGCUCCGACGACCUCUUUCUUUCGCUCCCCUCCUCUGACAAAAAAUCCACUUUCCGGCAUUUAACAGUGGCCACAUCCCGUCUGACUGCGCACUGCUCUCCAUUGCGAAGUAGAGGUCUGUCACUUUCCUGGCUAGGGUGUACGCACGAAAAUCACCUCCUGGUUUAACCUGUUGUAAUAGGCUAUCUAUAUUUUUACAGUGGAAUUGUGCACUGCAAUAGGCUAGUUUACGAAAAAUAUAUAAUUGUACUGCAACUUCUUCUGUAAGGUAUUUUUUUAGGUUAUCAGGUAAACCUUAGAAACAGAACUAUAAAAAAAAGAAAAGCGCAUUGAGAAAAAUAGGCUAUUUUCGUGAUCCCGAUCAUGUCUGGCGAAGAGGCACCGGUACAACAGCAGCAAGAACCCACAGAGGAGAAGACAGAGAACCCACCUACUGAGGAACCUCCAUCGGAGGCAGCCCAAGAGGGUGAGCCAUCCCCCGCGGAAGAGCCAGUAGACGAGCCUGCGGCGGCGACCCCGGACAAAGCGCCUGUGGCUCCCGAGGAGGAAGUUUUCACCUAUCGUGCUUUGUUCCUAACGGGCUAUGGAGGCUAUGACAAAGUGAAGCUCCAGAUGAAAAAGGGAAAGCCAAGCCUGAAGAGCGCAGAGGUGCUGGUGCGGGUCAAGGCGUGUGGUCUGAACUUCGCCGAGUUGUUGGGGAGACAGGGGUUGUAUGAGCUGCUGCCGUCGCCGCCCGUCACGCCCGGGAUGGAAUGCUCGGGCGUGAUUGAAGCCUUAGGGGAAGAGGUGACGGAUAGAAAAGUGAGUCUAAAAACAUAACAUCUUGUUUCUUUCAAGCCUUUUCUUUCUUUCUUUGUGGCAGCCUGUUGUUCAUAAUUUCUAUUCAAAUUAAAUUCAUGGGCGAGGCCCGCCCAAUCAAUAAAUCAAGCGUAGCCCUUUUUGUCCAUGCACACAACCGUUAUAUAGGCUAUAAUAUUUUAUUGAGGAGUCGUGCACCAUAUAAUGGUUACCAGUACAGUAUGACAGCACUGGUUCGGCGCUCCUUUAUAUGAUUUAUCUCUUUAAUAUAUUUCUUUCUGCCUUCAUAUCAUUUUGUUAGUUAUUCAUGCAGUCACAAGGUUGAAACAAUAUUGUGUCUCUGUAUGACAGAGUUAUUACAAGAUAAUAAACAUUUUAGUUGUUUUCAUCCUUGGCCACAUUAUUGUCUUGAGUUUAGUAGCAAAUAUUGGGCUACUGUAAUAGCAGUGAGCAUAUUCUGUCUUCCCAAUGAAAGUCACAUAUCCUGUGGUCAGGUGGUGUGCCUUCCUGCUCCAUAUCUUGAUUUGUUAUAACACCUCCAAGAACCUGUUGAGAUGUCAUUAUUAGAGGUUGGGGUUAAGAACUUUGGUUCUCCCCUGUCUCAAUUUGUGCCCUCUAUGAUACUUUCUGACCGUGAAUAUACGAAGUGAGGUGAGAUGUGAAAUGAGUGAUGACACUGACACUGCCUUGCUGUGCAUAGAGCAUUCCCCCAAGGGCUAUCAACUCAUGUGGGUGUAACGCUGCAAUGACAUGAUCCAGUCUAUUUGAUAAAGGGCUCUGAUAUAAUAUGUUGAUAGCAGCAAUAUUUCCUUUGGUGUGUGUGUGUGUGUGUGUGCGUGUGCGUUUUGGCCCAUGUUUUGUGCAGUUGUUUGCCGAUGUGCAAGGUGAGCCUGUGUGAGUCUGUCUGUCUGUCUGUCUGUCUGUCUGUCUGUCUGUCUGUCUGUCUGUCUGUCUGUCUGUCUGUCUGUCUGUCAGACCUUCCCCAAACAAAUGGCUAGAAGAAUCCUAUAGAAGGACAGCACAUUCUUUCUGCACAACUGGCCACAAGACACCUAACCACCACCAACAACAACAACAGCCUAGAGUCAGAAUGCUGCCUGAUCUGCAGACAAUAAAAAUACAGAACCCAGCUGCUGCCUAUAGAGUCUGUUUUGGGAGUAGCCUAGGCUUGGACCUGUUCCUGUUUCUGAUUAUGCUGAGCUCAGUUUGUGUCUUUUGGCCAACAUGGUCUCAUCAAACUCACUGUUUUAUCCACGUUUGUCCAAACUGCCGCUUUGGCCAAAUCAGUGAAGCUAUCCAGAGGUGGACUGAGGGCGGGGCUGUUUCGGAUGAGGUCACAUGGGAUAUUUUCUGGGCUGAAACAGACACCAGAUUUGGGUCGUAUUCAUUAGGGCAAGCAUUGCAACAUUUUAAAGCUUUUUGCAAUGAAAAAACUGAAAUUAGCAUUUCUUACUGGACAAAUUCAAUUAGUCCCUCUCUGUUUCAGUCCAUUUUCGUCCGUUUGGUACAAAUGAAUACAACCCUGUUUUAAUAUCUUCAGCCUUGGUGAAUCCUCUUCUCCCAUCCUAAAAAGACAGUAAUGGUGUGAUCAGAUUGGUCAGUGAUCACAUGAUGUCAACCGUUAACAUAUUCACUUAUUGAGCAUAAAGCCCCACCCACAUUUCCACCUUUUCCUCAGUGCCGUUUGUUUUUUCCGUGUCCCUUGUUUUUCUCUUUUAGUCAUUCUUUCCUGGUAUGUGUUAUUGACUGGUUCUGUUAAAUACUCAACCACCACUUCCACAGAAUGUUCCUGAACAAUGGCCUAUUUUCAAAUAGAAGUUUCAUAGAGGUUCUCUUAGGUCUCAAUUGGUCAUGCACCCUUUGUGCAGACUUUGAGAUCAGUGACCACAUGAAAUGCAGUGUGGGCAAUGUGAUCUGUGAGUCAUGAGUACUUUAUUGUCAUGUGUUUGUGAGCAGCAGGAAGAGAAGCAACCCGUACAUCUUGAGGAAAUACAAACAGGAAAUGUUUUAGUAUUCAGAGACCGAUUGGACCACUUUCCUGCGUCUUCCGCCUCUAGGCCUCUUUCGAAACACAAAUGAAAAGUCUAUGGCUUGCCUGGUCCCAGAUCUGUUAGACAAUGACCAUAGGAGUUGGGCAAGACCGCAACAAUUGAUCUGGCCCCAGGCAAGUAAGUCAGCAGUGCUCUCCUGACAUGGGAGAUUCAGCAGUUGCAGGAGUGCAUCUCAAUAAAGACCUCUCCUCCUCUCCUUCAUAAUAUACACAAGGACCAUAGAAAUAAACUUCCCAGUUGGCAACCACCACAAUAUUACUUUCAUCAGAAAACUUUGCCACUCAACAAAUAGUUGUUAGGAUUUUCACUGUGUUUAAGUGUGUUUUGACUUGUGACCCAUGUGAAAUGUACUUUAAAUAAAUCCUGAUUCUAUUUUAUUUAACACAAUCUCCAUCUCUCUCCCCCCUCCCUCGCUCAGGUGGGUGACCGUGUGUUGGUGUUGAGUCGUCACGGUCUGUGGCAGGAGGUGGUGGGUGUGCCCGCUAGCCACACUUUCAUCAUGCCUGAGUCAAUGAGCUUCGAGGAGGCGGCGGCCCUCCCCGUCAACUACCUGACGGCCUACAUUAUGCUUUUUGAGAUGGCCAACAUCAGGGCCGGACAGAGCAUCCUCAUCCACAUGGCAGCAGGUACAGUAGUGGUGGACACACACACAAGAGUGCAAACACACACACACAUACACACUCACACAAGUACACAUACAUUGUUACAAGCAUACACACACGCUCACAUAUGUUUACUUACCGGAAUGUGACUGAUUAAACAUUGAGUAGCACACACAUGUCACAUACAAACACAUACUAGAAACAUUUACCCCUUUCCCCACCACUCACACACAAACACACUCCACAGCCCCAGAGGGUCCCCUCGCAACCACGGUAGUACUGUAUAACACAGGCCUAUUCAGUGGUGCAGAUGAAUGGCCUUAGAAUGGGAGACUGCCCAGUAUAUAGCGUAGGUGGAUAUACAAGUCUGUAGUGACUCCCCUGUCCUUUUGCCCUGAAACAAUAUGCCUCCAUUUCCAUGGCAACGCCACCUCUUACCUCUUAGGAUAACACCGUACAAACAUGCAGUACCUUAGCCAACUGACAACAUAGAUCGUUAUCAUCCUGUUUCUUUGCUAACACUCGACAUUUCACAUUUUUUGUGAGCUUCAUGGCCUUGAAAAAACAAAAUAAAGAAGGAUAAGAUAACUUGGGUUUGGUUUAUACUGUACUGCAGCGUUUCCUAAACUAGGGGUCACGGCCCCAUGUUGGGUCACCUGAUUUGAAAAUGACGAUGCGAGAUAAAAAAAAAAAUAGAAAUGCUUGGUUCAUAGAACCGCGGUUAUGUGAGUAACCUUCGCGCUCCGCUAUUAGUGGUUGGAACAAACAGAACGGUUUCUGUUUUCUUCCUACAAAUUGGGCUCUACCUUUUUGAACAGACACAAAUUAGGGGCUCUAUUUUAACAAACUUAACACAAUGGUAAAUCUUAGUGCUGGCAGUAGCGCUAUAGGUCCAGGGGUGUGUGAGAAAUAUUUUUAUGGGCGCAGUAGCUGGCAACGGUGGUGCGAAAGGGCACGCCUCAACCAACGUGGAAUAGACAUUGAAUUACUGUCUGUGCCCAGUGGGUUGUGUUUUGAGUAUCCACUAUCAAAUAAAAUAAAAUAAAACUGUAUUUGUCACAUGCGCCGAAUACAACAAGUGUAGACCUUACAGGGAAAUGCUUACUUACAAGCCCUUAAAUGUAAUACAAUAAAAUAACAAUAACGAGGCUAUAUAAGGGGGUACCGGUACCGAGUCAAUGUGCGGGGGUACAGGUUAGUCGAGGUAAUUGAAGUAAUAUGUAAAUGUACUGUAGGUAGGGGUAAAGUGACUAUGCAUAGAUAAUAAACAGCGAGUAGCAGCAGCGUAAAAAAAGGGGGGGUCAAUGCAAAUAGUCCAGGUGGUCAUUUGAUUAACUGUUCAGCAGUCUUAUGGCUUGGGGUUAGAAACUGUUAAGGACCCUUUUGGACCUAGACUUGGCGCUCCGGUACCGCUUGCCGUGCGGUAGCAGAGAGAACAGUCUAUGACUAAGGUGGCUGGAGUCUUUGAACAUUUUUAGGGCCUUCCUCUGACACGGCCUGGUAUAGAGGUCCUGGAUGGCAGGAAGCUUGGCCCCAGUGAUGUACUGGGCCGUACGCACUACCCUCUGUAGCGCCUUGCGGUCGGAUGCCGAGGGGGAAUAGGCAUUGGCUUGGUGUGUUUGGACCAUGAUAGUUAAUUGGUGAUGUGGACACCAAGGAAUUUGAAGCUCUCGACCUGCUCCACUACAGCCCUGUCGAUGAGAAUGAGGGCGUGCUCAGCCCUCCUUUUCCUGUAGUCCACAAUCAUCUCCUUUAUCUUGGUCACAUUGAGGGAGAGGUUGUUGUCCUGGCACUACACUGCCAGGUCUCUGACCUCCUCCCUAUAGGCUGUCUCAUCGUUGUCGGUGAUCAGGCCUACCACCGUUGUGUCGUCGGCAAACUUGGCCAUGCAGUUGUGGGUGAACAGGGAGUACAGGAGGGGACUAAGCACGCACCCCUGAGGGCCCCCCGUGUUGAAGAUCAGUGUGGCAGAUCUGUUGUUGCCUACCCUUACCACUAUGAAGGGGAGAGUGUGUCAGAUAAGCAGAAUUUCAAGGUUUGCUAAAAGCUUUUAGAGCUUAAGCCUGCCUGUGACACAGCAGUAUGUCUAAAAUACUGCAAGUGAGGCUUUUUGUUGUACGUGGCACCAAAUAGUAUUUGAAGUCUUUCUACUUUAUUUGAGCUUGAUUCAGCUUGCCUAGCUAAAUGGAACCAAUGGAAAGCUAAAUAUGUGUAUGCGACCAAUAAAAUCUGAUUUUGAUCUUGAUUUGAAGUCCCAAAAGUGCCAAACCCGCAGGCUCAAACAAACUCUCAAUGUCUCCAUCACUUCUCUCCUCCAUAAAAUGUCACUUCUAUUAUAUUUCCAUCGCAUCUCUCCUCCAUUAAAUUUCACUUCUAUCAUAUUACCAUCACGUCUCUUUUCUCCGUCAUCCCGUCUCCACUCCAUAAUAUUUCUCCUCCAUCACAAAUCACCUUCAUCAGGAUUCACCUCUGUCACGAUUCUCCUGCAUCCAUGUUUCCUAUAGUAUCUCUCAUGCUAUGCGUCCCUCGUGUCUCUCUCUGUGUCUUGUCCCCUUAUGUCCCUCUACUGUAGGUGGUGUGGGCAUCGCUGCCACCCAGCUCUGCCAGACGUUGGAGGACGUGACCGUGUUUGGCACUGCGUCGGCCAGCAAGCACGAGACCAUCGGCCAGGGGGGGGUCACCCACCCCAUCGACUACCGUACACGAGAUUACGCAGAGGAGAUCCGUAAAAUCAGCCCCAAGGGUAAGGAUGGAUUGGACACGUAGCCUGGUCCAAUAUCUGUUUGUGCUGUCUUGCCAACUCCUAUGGUUAUUGGUGUGACAAUCACCAUAGGAGUUGGCAAGACAGCCCAAAUAGAUCUGGGACCAGGCUAAACGGCGGUAUCAUCAGCAUCACUGAUAGUCAUCUCCUCUUUGAAGUAUUACACUAUAUAUACAAAAGUAUGUGGACACCCCUUCAAAUUAGUAGAUUUGGCCAUUUCAGCCACACCCGUUGCUGACAGGUGUAUAAAAUCGAGCACACAGCCAUGCAAUUUCCAUAGACAAACAUUGGCAGAGAAAUGUCCUUACUGAAGAGCUCAGUGACUUUCAACGUGGCACCGUCAUAGGACACCAGCUUUCCAACCAUUCAGUCAAAUGUCUGCCAUGCUAGAGCUGCCCCAGUCAGCUGUAAUGCUGUUAUUGUGAAGUGGAAAUGUCAAGGAGCAACAACGGCUCAGCCAUGAAGUGGUAGGCCAUACAAGUUCACAGAACGGGACUGCCAAGUGCUGAAGCGCAUAGCGUGCAAAAAUCAACACUCACUAUCGAGUUCCAAACUACCUCUGGAAACAACGUCAGCACAAGAACUGUUCGUCGGGAGCUUCAUGAAAUGGGUUUCCAUGGCCGAGCAGCCGAACACAAGCCUAAGAUCACCAUGCGCAAUGCUAAGCGUCGGCUGGAGUUGUGUAAAACUCGCCGCCAUUGGACUCUGGAGCAGUGGAAAUGCAUUCUCUGGAGUGAUGAAUCACGCUUCACCAUCUGGCAGUCCGACUGACAAAUCUGGGUUUGGCGGAUGCCAGGAGAACGCUACCUGCCCGAAUGCAUACUAACUUUAAAGUUUGGUGGAGGAGGAAUAAUGUUCUGGGGCUGAUUUUCAUGGUUCGGGCUAGGCCCCUUAGUUCCAGUGAAGGGAAAUCUUAACACUUCCAACUUUGUGGCAAACGUUUGGGGAAGGGCCUUUCCUGUUUCAGCAUGACAUUGCCCCCAUGCACAAAGCGAGGUCCAUACAGAAAUGGUUUGUCGAGAUCGAGGUGGAAGAACUUGACUGGCCUGCGCAGAGCCCUGACCUCAACCCCAUCGAACACCUUUGGAUUGAAUUGGAACGCCGACUGCAAGCCAGGCCUAAUCGCCCAACAUCAGUGCCCGACCUCACUAAUGCUCUUGUGGCUGAAUGGAAGCAAGUCCCCGCAGCAAUGUUCCAACAUCUAGUGGAAAGCCUUCCCAGAAGCGUGAAGGCUGUUAUAGCAGCAAAGAGGGGACCAACUCCAUAUGAAUGCCCAUGAUUUUGGAAUGAGAUGUUCGACGAGCAGGUGCCCACAUACUUUUGGUCAUGUAGUGUAUCAUUGCGUACGAUGUAAACUGUAUGUCAAGCCUCUGGAUCAGUGCUAGUGAUCCAUUCGAGCAAAUCAGUUUCCAAUGGUCUCUUUCUCUCAGGAUUGGACGUUGUCCUGGACCCUCUGGGAGGCUCAGACACCCAUAAGGCCUUUAGUUUGCUGAAGCCCAUGGGCACUCUCAUAGUGUUUGGUAAGAGACUAAAUUACUGUUGUUUGUAUUAGUGUUUACAUUACUCGCCUCCUGUCAUCUCAACCGGCGCUCAGUGUUUACCCACCUUUUUCUGUACCAUUACAUCCCUUCCCUACCGGAAAUAAAGAUGAACACAUUCCAUUUGCAAUUCUAACAUGUUCCAUGGCAUGUGAAAUGACUUGAUAACCUGUUUCCAAUACAUUUCAAAUGUAUUUAGGGGGAAUAAAUGCACUCCAAACUAGCUUUUCAAGUGCUAAAAUCCAAUUUGUGUUACAGUAAAAUGUGUUGUUGUGUAAUUAUUAUAUUUCUCUCCAUGUGUCCCUUACUUAAUGACUCCAUUUCCCAGGUGCAGCCAACUGUGUGACGGGUCAGAAGAAGAACCUAUUGGCGGUGGCCAAGACCUGGUACAACCAAUUCACCAUCAACACCCUGAGGCUGAUGCAUGCCAACAAGGCUGUGUGUGGCUUCCACCUGGGCUACCUGAGUGAGGAGGAGGAGCUAAUCACCCAGACCAUGACCACCCUGCUGGAACUCUACACCCAGGGCAAGAUCAAGCCCCGCAUUGACUCCACCUACCACUUUGAACAGGUGGGUGUCUGGGGCUCUGUGUGUGUGUAUAUACACAGGUGCAGUGAAUAUCUAUGAGUAGCUCAAUGGCUAUACAUGAUAUACAGUAUAUAUAUACACUACCGUUCAAAAGUUUGGGGUCACUUAGAAAUGUCCUUGUUUUCGAAAGAAAAGCAAUUUUUUUGUCCAUUAAAAUAACAUCAAAUUGAUCAGAAAUACAGUGUAGACAUUGUUAAUGUUGUAAAUGGCUAUUGUAGCUGGAAACUGCUGAUUAGUAAUGGAAUAUCUACAUAGGCGUACAGAGGCCCAUUAUCAGCAACCAUCAGUCCUGUGUUCCAAUGGCACUUUGUGUUUGCUAAUCCAAGUUGAUCAUUUUAAAAGGCUAAUUGAUCAUUAGAAAACCCUUUUGCAAUUAUGUUAGCACAGCUGAAAACUGUUGUGCUGAUUAAAGAAGCAAUAAAACUGGCCUUCUUGAGACUAGUUGAGUAUCUGGAGCAUCAGCAAUUGUGGGUUUGAUUACAGGAUCAAAAUGGCCAGAAACAAAUAAGUUUCUUCUUAAACUCGUCAGUCUAUUCUUGUUCUGAGAAAUGAAGGCUAUUCCAUGCGAGAAAUUGCCAAGAAACUGAAGAUUUCGUACAACGCUGUGUACUACUCCCUUCACAGAACAGCGCAAACUGGCUCUAACCAGAAUAGAAAGAGGAGUGGGAGGCCCCGGUGCACAACUGAGCAAGAGGACAAAUACAUUAGAGUGUCUAGUUUGAGAAACUGACGCCUCACAGGUCCUCAACUGGCAGCUUCAUUAAAUAGUAUCCGCAAAACACCAGUCUCAACGUCAACAGUGAAGAGGCGACUCCGGAAUGCUGACCUAGGCAGAGUUGCAAAGAAAAAGCCAUAUCUCAGACUGGCCAAUAAAAAUAAAAGAUUAAGAUGGGCAAAAGAACACAGACACUGGACUUUUUCUUUGCAACUCUGCCUAGGUCAGCAUCCCGGAGUCGCCUCUUCACUGUUGACACUGAGACUGGUAUAUAUACAGUACCAGUCAAAAGUUUGGACACACCUACUCAUUCAAGGGUUUUUCUUUAUUUUUACUAUUUUCUACAUUGUAGAAUAAUAGUGAAGACAUCAAAACUAUGAAAUAACACAUAUGGAAUCAUGUAGUAACCAAAAAAGUGUUAAACAAAUCAAAAUAUGUCAUAGAUUUUAGAUUCUUCAAAGUAGCCACCCUUUGCCUUGAUGACAGCUUUGCACACGCUUGGCAUUCUCUCAACCAGCUUCAUGAGGAAUGCUUUUCCAACAGUCUUGAAGGAGUUCCCACAUAUGCUGAGCACUUGUUGGCUGCUUUUCCUUCACUCUACGUUCCAACUCAUCCCAAACCAUCUCAAUUGGGUUGAGGUUGGGUGAUUGUGGAGGCCAGGUCUAUAACAUAUUUUGAUUUUUUUAACACUUUUUUUGGUUAAUACAUGAUUCCAUAUGUGUUAUUUCAUAGUUUUGAUGUCUUCACUAUUAUUCUACAAUGUAGAAAAUAGUAAAAAUAAAGAAAAACCCUUGAAUGAGUAGGCGUGUCCAAACUUUUGACUGGUACUGUAUAUAUGUACAGUGCCUUGCAAAUGUUUUCAUCCCCCUUGGCGUUUUUUCCUAUUUUGUUGCAUUACAACCUGUAAUUUAAAUGGAUUAUUAUUUGGAUUUCAUGUAAUGGACAUACACAAAAUAGUCCAAAUUGGUGAAAUGAAAUGAAAAAAAUAACGGAAAAGUGGUGUGUGCAUAUGUGUUCACCCCCUUUGCUAUGAAGCCCCUAAAUAUGAUCUGGUGCAACAAAAUACCUUCAGAAGUCACAUAAUUAGUUAAAUAAAGUCCACCUGUGUGCAAUCUAAGUGUCACAUGAUCGUCACAUGAUCUCAGUAUAUAUACACCUGUUCUGAAAGGCCCCAGAGUCUGCAACACCACUAAGCAAGGGGCACCACCAAGCAAGCGGCACCAUAAAGACCAAGGAGCUCACCAAACAGGUCAGGGACAAAGUUGUGGAGAAGUACAGAUCAGGGUUGGGUUAUAAAAAAAUAUGAUGGUGCAUCCCACGGAGCACCAUUAAAUCCAUUAUUAAAAAAUGGAAAGAAUAUGGCACCACAACAAACCUGCCAAGAGAGGGCCGCCCACCAAAACUCACGGACCAGGCAAGGAGGGCAUUAAUCAGAGAGGCAACAAAGAGACCAAAGAUAACCCUGAAGGAGCUGCAAAGCUCCACAGCGGAGAUUGGAGUAUCUGUCCAUUAGACCACUUUAAGCCGUACACUCCACAGAGCUGGGCUUUACGGAAGAGUGGCCAGAAAAAAGACAUUGCUUAAAGAAAAAUAUAAGCAAACACGUUUUGGUGUUCUCCAAAAGGCAUGUGGGAGACUCCCCAAACACAUGGAAGAGUACUCUGGUCUGAUGAGACUAAAAUUGAGCUUUUUGGGCAUCAAGGAAAAUGUCUGGCGCAAACCCAACACCUCUCAACACCUCUCAUCACCCCGAGAACACCAUCCCCACAGUGGAAUGGCCUAGUGAAAGCCCAGACCUCAAUCCAAUUGAGAAUCUGUGGUAUGACUUAAAGAUUGCUGUACACCAGCGGAACCCAUCCAACUUGAAGGAGCUGGAGCAGUUGUGCCUUGAAGAAUGGGCAAAAAUCCCAGUGGCUAGAUGUGCCAAGCUUAUAGAGACAUACCCCAAGAGACUUGCAGCUGUAAUUGCUGCAAAAGGUGUCUCUACAGAGUAUUGCCUUUGGGGGGGGUAAAUAGUUUUCUGUGUUUUUGUCUUAUUUCGUGUUUGCUUCACAAUAAAAAAUAUUUUGCAUCUUCAAAGUGGUAGGCAUGUUGUGUAAAUCAAAUGAUACAAAUGAUAGGUUGUAAGCCAACAAAAUAGGAAAAAUGCCAAGUGGGGUGUAUACUUUUACAAGCAUUUAGGAUAUAUUAUAUCGAAAAAGAGGACAUCUUAAGGUUUCUAGUGAACCUAAGGUUACGAAUGAACUGUCAAAAUUGAUUUCAGUCAUGGCCUGGGGUGUUCUAGCGGUUAGGUGCCGCUGUCAGUAUGGGUUCAAUUCUGGCCCACACCCUUCUAGCUCAAAUAACUCAAUCCCGGAUUGACUUGAUUUAGUUACACAUUUCAAAUAUAGAAAGUCCAGGGAUAUUUUACCCCCGAUCUUGAAAAGAAAUGACCAUACCAAAUACUUAUAUUUUAAAGACAGUUGUAUUUAACGGAUAACAUAAAUAGGAAACAAAUUAAAAAAUAACAGUAGGUUACACCAACAUCCAUUCAUACAAAGUGUUGGGGAAAUUGCUACAGUAGAGGAAAUUGCUACAGUUGGGGAAAUUGCUACUUUUUUUCUAACAAUACGGAAUGCUUGUCAAUCGAUAAAUCAAGUUGUUCCGAUGAUAAUCCCAACCAGAGGGCGAACAUAUCUUGAAAUACUUUAGUUUCAAGCAGGACUAAGGUAACGCUGACAUAAUCUUUUAGGGAGCGGUAAUGAGGUGACCAAUAAUGGUUGCAAUUGAGAUCAGCUGUGCGGAUGACUUUAGCGCGUAUUGAUGGUUUAACGAGGCAUCAGCUGGCGAUAAUCUAGUGUCAUCGAUUGUUGCAAUAAAUCCCUUGUUAUUUGAUUAUGUUCCAAUACAUUCUGUAGGCUACCCGUUAGCCUAUCCAUUUUCACAUAAUGAAUGGUGUGAAAACCGAUAAUAGGCUACUGCUUGUGUUUCCCUGGCUGAGUUGAUUUGGGCCAUCAGUUGAUUGACAGAUUUUUACAUUUUUAGUCAUUUAGCAGACGUUCUUAUCCAGAGUGAUUUACAGUUAGUGAGUGCAUACAUUUUUUUCAUACUGGCCCCCCGUGGGAAUCGAACCCACAACCCUAGCAUUGCAAGCGCCAUGCUCUACCAACUGAGCUACAGUAGGCAUACUGUAAAACGAUAAACUUUCCUCCAGUGGGGAUGCUCGCCCACGUUUUAUAGUUAGGCUAUGUAUAAUUUGUCAAUAUAGUUAUGGCCUUUGGUGUAGAUGGCCCUUACAGUAGGUGAGAUUUCCAUUGCUAAGCUGUUAUGGCAGUAACUGCUGGACCACACAGGCACUGAGGCCAACCAAUAAUGUAUUCUGCCUAUUGCUUGCCUUGAACAUAUAAUAUAACAAUUCAUAAAAUUACAGAUUUUUCCUAACGAAAGAUACAUCUAACCCCUACAAAUGUGUUCAUUUAUUAUAAUCCACAUAAGAAUUAACCUGCUGUAGCCUGCAUGUAGCCUACAUAGUCUACUUGAACUGGCGCCCAGUGGACCUGCAGUCUAAGGUACAGUGUAGGUAAGGUACUGCAUUGUAUACAAACACUGCUUCCAGCUGCCCCCUGGUGGUGAUUCUAAAUAUUUCUGUAUUGCUUUCAUAUAAUCCCUCCAGAGGCUAGCACUCCUCCUUCCACUGCCUUGAAAGGCUAUGUUUACACCUAGCUCUCCUGCGUCUUUAGUAAUGUCUGAUAUUAUGUCUGCUCAACAGUGUUGAACAUCAACAGACUGUGUGGGAGGCAGAGAGGGUAUGGGAGAGGGGGGAGGGAGGAAGAGAAGGGGGUCUUUUCAAAUCCCAAUUCUGUUUACAAAGAGGUGUUACAACAAUUUCAUUAUAGACCGACUGAUUUGUUUACUUAGUUUCUGCCACCCCAGUUGUUUCCAUGGUGACGGUUGAGAGCCUUUCCAGAGAGGAUGGAAAACCUUGAUCCAGUCUCUUUGGUCUUUCACCUCUCUCCCCCGCUCCGAUCCACUUCACCCCCUUCUGAUUGGUCAGAAGGCUUGGGGCUUGGGGUCAAAGGUUAGAUUGAUUAGAGAGUGCCUUGGUGUGACAGGAAAUAUGACUGGUGUAUAGCUAGACCUCUUGUUGCUAUGCGACUGCCUGGAAGCCGGUAUCAUAUCCGACUCCUUUUGAAAGGAGUGAAUGAAUGGAAUUAAUAGUCAUAGGAUUGGUAGAAUUAAUGUAAUAUUUAAUCUAACCUUCCUAUGAAACUUUGUGUCUAUUGCAACUGGCAUGUAGCCUAUUUCCGUCAGACUAACAGACUCACCACUUGUAGUAGGUGUGAUGCUACAUACUGUUGUUACAACUAAUCCAGUACAAGCUAGGCUCAUUUUCUGUGUGACAUUUUCAUGACAUUUCCAAUAGUUGCAUAUUAAUAAUAAUAAUGAAAUCAAUCAUUGACAUUAAUUGAAACUGUUUUGACAGCAGUCUCCCCACAGAUAUUAGCUCUUUGCCAUCCUCCCUAGACUCCCGCCUUCCUCCCUCCCUCCCUCCCCUUCCUGUGUACACUGUCUGACGUGUCAGACUUACUGCAAUUCUCAGCCCCCCUCGGCUGAUAUGGGUCUGAUGACGGCAGUUGCUAGGUGACCGGCCGUGGUUGCCGUGGCGUCGGUUGUUAGGGGAAGCUUUGUUUGAGUUGCCGUGGGGUGGGGUGGGGUGGGUGAUGAGCAGAGAGGGCAGGGGCAGUGGAGUCAGAGAGGCACUUGUGUGUGUGCAGGCCCAAUUAAAUAGGGACAAACCCUUUCACUAUUCAUAUGACGGACAGAGAAGAUGUCAUUAUCUGAGCUUGGUAAAAGGAGAGGGUUUGACGCAGAUUUCCAAUGUGUUUAUUACAAAUGGGAAAUAAACUGGAUCCUGAACAUCCAACUUUUGCACAGGAGCUAAACAAAAAGAAGAGCAUCUCUCUCUCUCUCUAUCCCUCUCCCCCUCUCUCUCGCUCCCUCUUUCAGUUGGUUGGUCUGUCGAUCUGUAUUUCAACCUGUCUGUCUGUCUGCCUGCCAUCUCUCCUCUCUCUGUCCCUCCAUCAGGUGGGUGACGCGAUGAGGCGGAUGCACGAGCGCAACAACAUCGGCAAGGUGAUCCUGCUCCCAGAGCCAAAGAAAGAGGACAAGAAAGAGGAGGAAAAGGCUGAGUCCAACCCUGAGCCAGCAGAGACAGAGGACAAGAAAGAGGAGGAAAAGGCUGAGAAUAAGAUGGAGACUAGCACAGAAGAGGUCAAGGGAGAGGAGAAUUAA